CGCGCGCGUGCGUGCGUGCGUGAUGACGUCACGACGCCGAACUUCGGACCAAUGGGGAGCGGCGAGGGGAGGUUCGCGCCCUUUAAAUAGCGGGCGGCGCGAGGGCGCGCGGCGGCCGCUCGUUGAGUUUGCGCGCGCGUGCGAGUGUGGGGCGAUACCUGAGGCGAUUCCUGAGGCGAUGUUGCCCUUCGUCGUAAUUUAAAAAAAUCAAAACCGAUGCAUUCGCCUUCCGUCGCCUGGGCGAGUCGGACGCGUAGGCGAUCGCAUGGCCGGAGUGGGGAAGCUGUUUUCGCGGCGCAAGAAGGGGGCGACCACCGACGAUGCUGCCUCAGCCUCAGCCGCUGCCGUCUCGAUCGCCGUCUCGCAGGACGCGUUGCCCGUCUGGUCGGACGCGUCUCCCCCGUGGCGGGCCUACUCCCCGCGCCGUAGCCCCGCCAGCCUGCGCCACCACCAGCACCAGCCGCAGCCGCUGCAGCGCCAUUCGGCGCGCUCGCACUCCAGCGUGCGCUCCGCCAUGUCUUGCGGCGCCGGAUCUUCCCCCAACGCCGCCGGCAUCCGGCACGUGGCGUCAACGGCGUCGUUGCGAGCCGGCACCGGCGGUGGCGGCGGCGGCGGCGGCGCGGCGGUGCACGCGCGCAGCCCUUCCGCCACCAGCCUGGGGUCCGUCUUCGAGGCCGAGGGGCACGGCGCGAGCGUUGACCCGGGCGACGUUUCGCGUCUCACGGCCGACGUGCGCCUCUUCACCGACGCGCUCGGCAAGCUCCGUGACGUCUUCUCCAACCCAGCACUUGCCCCCAGCGGCCUGCUAAAGGCCACCCCGGACCUUUGCCUCUCCUGUGUCUCGUUGACAGACGGCGGGGGGGAGGAGGGCAGGCGGCAGGCCGGCCACGCACGCCUCGGCGAGCUCCUGCUCGCGCUCAAGCGCACGUUGGCCCGGCACCCGGCGUUGAGCCUACGGGAGAUCCUCACCGCCACCGGCGCCCUCAUUACCAGGGUCAAAGGCUACCCCUACGAGCGCUGCAUCGGCGCCGACGAGCAGAAGCAGGGGAUGAUGCAGUCGGUGGACUCGCUGGCGCUCGCGUUCAGCAACAGUGUGACCGAGUUUCUGAUGGGCGACUCUGAGGGUGCGUGGUCAUCGCUACGGCAACAGCAGCACAGCCGGUCGCUGGAAAACCUGAGCGGGGAAAAGGAGGAGGAGGAGGAGUGCAGAGGAGCGGAGGGGAGGGACGCAAAGGAAGAUCCGGCCUUCGCAGGGCUGGACUCGGAGGACCUGGAUGAGCGGCUGCACUCGUGCGACGGGGGCAUCGACGCCGCCCUCGCCUACGCCAAGGCCCUGUCCAAGUACAUCAGCGGCCUCGCCGCGUACGUCGAGCGCAGGCUCGCAGUCGACGUCGACUACUCCAAGGACCUGAUGAAGCUCGCGCAGUGCCCGAUGCCGGCCUUCACCCACGAGCCGCCCAUGCCCCUGCAGGGCGUCUACGCGUCGCUCAUGGAGCAGGACUGGGAGACGGCGCACGCCGCCGCCCACACGGCCGCCCAGCUCCAAGCCGACAAGUGCGUGCUGCCUCUGCGGAGCUGGCGCGAGGAACACGAGCGCAAGCGGAAGGAGCUCAAGGAGCUGUGGCAGAAGGGACAGCGCCGGCUGACCGAGGCAGAGUGCAGCCUCAAGAAAGCCCGACAGCUGUACUCCCAGCGGCGCGAGGAGCUGGAGCGCGCCCGAGGCUCAGCGGCGCGCGCCGAGGAGGGGCUGGCGGCGGUGACGGCGUCCCCGGCCGACGGCGGCGCCGGCACCGUCCACUCGGGAUCCUCGCGCACCCUGGAGCGCAAGCGCAAGACGGAGGAGGAGGCGCUGAGGAAGGCGGAGGAGGCGGACGCCGUGUACCGCGCCAGCGCCAAGGAGCUGCGCCUGCGCCGCCAGGAGGUGCAGGCCGUGAAGACGGUAGUGCUGACGCAGGUGCGGGAGCUGGCGCGCCGGGCCGACCUGGCGCUCAAGACGGUGACGGCCGCCUACUUCGAGCUGCUGGGCACCCAGGCAGCGGCGCUGCCCGCCCGCUACCGCGCCCUGCACGAGGGCACCGACGCCUACGUGGCGGGCGCCCAGUACGCGGCGUUUGCGCGCCGCCUCGCCGAGGGAGCGCGGUCGUCCCCCGCCACGCGGGAGCGUAAGCUGGGCCGUGAGGACUCCGGGAGCUCUGAGCAGUGCUCCGUCGCGUCUCCUCCUCCUCCUCCCCGUGGCGACUCCAAGGGCUCGCUCAAGCUCAACGGCAAGGGUGAGGCGUCGCGGGGCAGGAGCUGGCUGGUGGGCGGGGUGAGCGACACGGACAGCGGUAGCGGCAGCAGCGAGUCGCGCUCGCUCGACUCGCCCUCCGCCAGCCCCGGCGAUUUCAUCCGCAAGCUGCCCCGCACCCCGUCCACAGGCACCAUGUCCUCCGUUGACGACCUCGACGACACCGACCCGUGCAGCCCUGCCGACGGGGACGGGCCGGCGAUGGGGGCCGCGUCGUCUGGAGUGGGGGGCCCCGAGGGGGCGUGCUCCUCCCCCCCCUCGUCGUCCUCCUCUUCGUCGUCGUCCUUCACCAAGGCGGUGCUGUCGGAGGCGGCUCGCUCGCACCGCCUGCGCAAGCUGCGUGCACCGUCGCGCUGCCGUGCCUGCGACACGCUCAUCUACUUCCAGGGCGCCGAGUGCCAGGAGUGCCUGCUGGCGUGCCACAAGAAGUGCCUGGAGUCCCUGGCGGUGCGCUGCUCACGCGAGUGCCGCGCCGCUCCGCCCUCCCCGCUGGCUUCACCGGCGACGGCGGCUGCCACCCUGCACCGCGACGAAACGAGCGGCGUGCCGGAGCCGGUGCGGCUGUGCGUGAGCGAGAUCGAGCGGCGUGCCAUGACGCUCAAGGGGAUCUACCGAGUGAACGGGGUGAAGUCUCGCGUGGAGCGUCUCUGCCAGGCCAUGGAGGGGGCACGCCCGGGGGCCCCCCCCGAUCUACAGCAGGCUUCCCCGCACGAUGUGAGCAAUGUCCUCAAGCUCUACCUGCGCCAGCUGCCGGAGCCCAUCAUCCCGGCCGACCUGUACCACCGCUUCAUCCGGCUGGCGCGGGACGGCCCGGCUUCGCCGGGGCCGCUGGCGCCCGACGGCUCCCCGGGCCGCGACUCUCCACCUCCUCCUCCGUCGCCGCUCUCUGCGUCCCCACCGGCGCUCUUGUCAGACGGCGGCGGCGGCAUCGCAGGGCAGCUGAAAGCGCUGCUGGUGUGCUUGCCGGAGCCUAACCGCUCCACCCUGGAAUACAUCGUUGCUCACCUGCACCGGGUGUCCCGCUGUGAGAAGGAGAACAAGAUGUCGGCCGGGAACCUGGGCAUCGUGUUUGGGCCGACGCUGAUGAGGUCGCGGCCCGCCCCCAGCGUGGCGGCGGCGGCGGCGGCGUCGCCGCCUCCGUCGUGGGGGGGGGGCCCCCUGCAGCGGCCCCCUCUCCUCGCUGGCCGACUACCCGAGCCAGGCGCGCGUCGUGCAGCUGCUCAUCUCUCACUGGCCCUCGCUGGCGCCCUCGCCGGUGCCGGCGCCCUCGCCGGCGCCCUCGCCGGCGCCCUCGCCGGCGCCCGGCGCCGACGACGCCGACACCGCCGCCGAGGUGCAGGGCGAGGGUGCGGCGUCAACGGCGCCGGCGUUCCCGCUCGAUGCCGCGUCUCCCGCCGCCGCCGCCGCCGCCGCCGCCGCCUCCCCGUCCGCCUCUCCCUCCUCUGCGGGCGCCGGAUCUCCGGACGCGUUUCCCCGUCGCGGCGGCGCCGGCGGCUCCGUGGAGGAACCCGUGCCGGCGCCGCUUGCCGCGGCGGUGCAGCCGGCGCUCCGGCAAACCCCGACGGUGGCGCCGUCACCGAGGCCGGGCGCCGGUGCCGGUGGCGGCUGCGUGGCGGUGGUGCGGCGUGAGGUGGGCGGCGGCGGCGCCGGCGCCGGCGGCGGCGGCGGCAGCGGAGGAGCCGUUCGCCCCUGUGCGGGUGGUGCAGGUGAAGCUGUCG